CGCAAACCCCUCAAAGCAACUCAACAAAGAAACUCUCUCUCCACAGACCACCAAACAACCUCGAAAGCCAGUGCGAGUGCGAGAAAUCGAGUCGAGCAGCCGCAAGCAACUUGAGGAGACGAUGGCGGUGGAGCCGAACAUGGCGCGGCGCAUGUGGCACGUGGUGCGCGCCGUGCUGUUCAUGCUCCGCAAGGGCGUGUCCAAGCGGAAGCUGACCAUGGACCUCCACCUCCUCCUCCAGCGCGGCAAGAUCGCCGGCAAGGCCCUGGGCAACCUCAUGACCGCCCACGGCCACCACGACAAGGCCAAGGCGGCCGAGGCGGCGGUGCCGCCGGCGCAGCAGUUCUCGUGCCGCGCCCUCGACCUGGCCUCCGCCGUCUACAACCCGCGCGACGUCCGCGAGGUGGAGUUCAGCUGCAGCAACACCCCCUCCUACCCGUCCCUCCACCUCAUCCCCACCGGCAAGCGCCGCCGCCGCGGCAACAACCGCCGCAGCCACCGUGGCGCCAACGGCGCCGAGCCGGGAUGGUACAACUACGACGCCGCCGACAUUGCCAGGGUCUUCGAGAUCCUCAACAACAACGAGCACCUCCUCAGCGGCGUUGGCGGCGACGACACCGGUUCGCCAGGUGCCGAGCAGCCGUCGCCGCUCGCGCUGAUCGCGACGCCGUCCCCCGCGCUAUGGGCGAGCUUCGGCCGCACGCCGGCGCACGUGAGGCAGCUGAGGAUCACCGACUCGCCGUUCCCGCUGAGGGACGACGCCGCCGGGGAUGGCGGCGAGGUGGACAUGGAGGCCGAGGAGUUCAUCAAGAAGUUCUACGAGCAGCUGCGCACGCAGCAGAGCCUCGCCGCCGCCACGCCAGACUGCGGCUACGGCUCGUACGGUGGGUACGCCCGGCCGGUCUCCGGCAUCGCCUAAGAAGCCCAUCGCCCACACAUAUAUGUCCAUAGCGUGUUAGUCUCAACCUUAUUUUUGUGCAAGUGUGAAGUGUGUAUGUGCUAUAUAGUAUAGUAUAUAGCUCGUACAUGAGGUUUGAGCAUGGAUCAAGCAUGUUUUUAGAGAUAGCUGGCUACUCUGCAUGGGCUUGGUGGGAGAGACAUUUUGCACAAGGUCAUGUUUGCAAGCUAGAUCCAUGCAUAGUAUGUUGUACACUGUAUGUGUAUAUUUUGUUGGUGGCAUGUACUUUGUUGCAGUUAAGGUACAUGUUGGAAAGAAUUAGCAGAAAAGAAAAACACUAGUAGUGACACUCCAAGUUACUCAUGUGUGUGUGUGUGUGUGUGGCGUUCCUCGAUCAGUUCCUCUUGUCCUGCUGGACACAAGCAGAGAACUUGUACGUAUAUUGUUCUAGAAACCUCUGGGACAUGCAUGUAAUUUUCAGACAAUCUUUGGUCGUGAUGCUGUCGCGGACCGAUCGAUCGAGCUGUCUUACAUCAGAGAAUCGUCUAAUCAUGAAUAUAAACAGGGUUUCUGUC